CUAGCCGAGGCGCGUGGUUAGGGUUUUGGUAGUUAACAUCGCUAGAAGUUGUAACAAAAGAUUCCAAUGAAAAACAGUGAAAGCUUCGAUCCUCAGGAUACUGUAAAAUUCAUCUACUGCAUUUUAGAUGAAAUAGCUGGAAGUGUAGAUCACUUAGGAGAAUGUCAGGUUACAGGUCUAUUACCCCUUCUCUCCCGAGUUGAAAGUACAUUUAAGUAUAGUCAUUACCAACUCUCACAAGCCUUGACAUCUUUUCUUAUGGAUGAUUUCUCCACAUGGUGUAUCUAUCGUUUAGUCGUGAUCGCUUGUCGUCCACAAUUCACAUACCACCUGCAGGUUGUUGGAGAUCUGAUUAGGUCACUCAUGUUAUUUCUUGAAAGGCAUCAUUUGAAUAUAUAUCUCAAGAAGGCUGUACAUUUAGUAUCUGUUUUUAACGAUUUAUUGAACACAAUGGAACUUUUUGAUCAAAGAGGUUCUGGUGAUUUCAAUUGGAUACUGAGGGCGCCUACUAAACAAAGCACCAUUGUUCCUCCUGAAGAUAGUAAAUCAAAUGAGCUUAAAUUUCAUUGUUUGCCGAUUGAGUUAUCAGCUUUAAGGGAGGCAUACCGACUAGUGUCUAUUCUAAGUUAUACGCUGGGCUCAUUAAUUGCCAGUUUUCACGCUUACUUACCUUCUGUUGUCCAGCAUAUAUUUCGUAUUCUCUGUAUUGCUGUGGAACUAACUGAUGUACACGGUAAACAGAAAGCCUUAGAUGCAAUUUAUCAAGGCACCGACGCAUUAAUAAACUUAGUUCAUGAACCAAUUUACAGCUCUACGACAUUUAAUUAUAUUUACACUGCUAGUGGUCUAGUACUCACUUUUCUGAGUUCAUGGCAUGAAGGAACUGUGAACUUACCACCAGAUUUACUGAUAAUAGAUGAGUGCACAAACUUAGAAAAUACAACUGUACUUUGUCUACGUUUGCUUAGUAUGAUUGAACAACGUAUUGUUAAACUGAACCAACCUAGUUAUGAAUGCUUUAAUCAUCAGAAGUUAUUAAAUAGAAUUUGUUUUCAAAUCCUAAAAAGUGACUGGAUCAGAAAUUCCAACCAUCGGGAUCUUAAAUAUGCAAUAAUAGAUUUCAAUUUACACUUCUUAUCCAUAUAUCUUUUGUCUAAUGGGAAGAAUUUACUCUGCAUGAUACCUUUUAUUUCAAAUGUUGAUGAGGAAGUAACCAAAUGCUUUGAAGAUGAUGAAUACCUUUUCAGUCCGCUUUCGAUUAUUAUACCGAUUGAAAUGUUUGGUAUACAGUAUCAAUCCAUUAUAUCAAAAAUUCUUUUUUCUUGCGAUAUCGUUAAUGUUAAAGAGUUCCUCCAAGCUCAUGUGGUCAAAAAUCCUGUUUGUGAUGAUAUUACACAGGAAACCAUCAAAGAGUGGAUAGUUUUCAUAAGGAUCUGGAGUGGCUUAUCAGAUCUUCAAAGCCUUAUGGGUAAGUUAAAAGAUCCAAUUCAAAAAUUAUCAGCUCAAUCAUUUCAUGUUGUAUUCGACUAUCUAACCAAAUCGAUUCACUUCAGUUCAACAGCGAAACCUAUCAACUCUAAAAAGUUUGUAACUACUUACUUUGGUCUGCGUCUAUUAGCCAACGCUGUUAUAACUAUUCAAGAUUUCAGUCUUUAUGACACAUCUGUGUUACAGUCGUUAAUCACAUGGUUGAAGAAUAUGAAGUCCCAAGUAAAAUGUGAUGAAAGGCAUUGGAUUUAUAUUUGUGGACCUGCAAUAUCAUUAUUAUGUUCGUUAAUAUUUUGGUUUUCAUCUGCGAAUGUGAUGUCUGCAGAGGAGCUGUCAGACAUUUUGGUUGACUACAUUAUGAGUUAUAUAACACUGGAUAAAGAUCACAUCACUAUAUGGCUACAUUAUCUACUUAAUAAAAUGUCAAAAUCCUCAUCGGAUGGAAAUUUCGAACUAGCAGUUAAGCAAUGUCUGUUUCUCAAAUUAUUCAAGCAAUUAAAGAAUGAUCAAUCCAUGACAAAAUCAAUGAUAAUAUUACUGUGCCGUUUAUCAACCAGCAUUCUAUGCAGCGUUAAUAACUGCCCUACUGGACCUUCGUUAUACUGUACACAUAGUAUACACAACAGAUUUGACUUUUCAAAUUCAUCAAUUGAAAACAAUGCAGAAAACGUGGAGAAUUUAUCUUUAUUCGAAUAUAUUGAAUUUUUGUCUUUCAUGUUCGACCAAAGCAAAAUGGUUGAAACUAUUGAUGCUUUGAUAAAUGAUUUUGCUGUUUAUUUGGCCUCUCACAUAAAAUGGAGUUUCCUAUCAACUGAUCAAAUAUGGAUUUAUUUUACGCUUAUCAUAAAGAAUUUAUGUGGAUUUACACCAUCCAUUGUCCGUAAGAUUUUUAGUGAUACAUCAAAUAAUUUGUCGAAAACAAAUUUAAAUUCAUGGAUAAGUAUGCAUAAAUCUAUUAUGGAAUUGUUAAACAAUCAGUCCAAUGAAAAGUCAACUGAUAUAUCUAUCGCUACAACAGUUGAAUAUCAUAUCAUGAUAUAUGGUGCUUUAGGAUGUUGUCUAGCCAGUUGUUAUGCUGAUUUUAUGUUUAAUCAAAAAUUACAGAUGAAUAACUAUGAAUUUUUCUGUGGACGUAUGUCUAGUGAAACACUUGCAAUUAAUGGUUCAUCAUGUGUUACAUCCACUCAAGUGAUUGAUUUAGUUGUCGCUAUUCUAUCGAUUUUAUGUCGAUUGGGUUUAGUGCAUCAAUAUUCCCAUGGACUUUUUGGUACAAUUUAUACACAGAUUCAAGAACUUAUAUUACUACUUCAUCUACCAUCUGCUCAAGUAAUCCGUCUUAGUGAUCACCAGUUAGCACAGAUUAUAGUCGAACACAUGGACCAGUCUUUAUGCCAAGCAAUGGAGAGCCUUUCAAGACUUUUUCGGAUUGACAAAAAGAUUUUAUUCAAAGAACUCAUCGCAGCUUUAUUUAUCACCUUGGUAAUACGUGGGAAUCAAGAGAGCCAUUUACGGAUUAGACAACUUAUUUCAGAAGUACCCUACCUAGAUAAUCAACAAGAUUAUAUUGGUAAAAUCGUUCAGCUAUGUAUUCUGCCGGAAACUUUGGUGUACAUUUUCACUCGUACGUCAAAAGAUGAUCAAGCGGUCCAUUUAGCCUUUCUCGAAGCUCAUCUUAAUAUGUCAAUCGAACGAAUAGCCCGUCUGAAUGAUAUUUCCCGUCUUAUGCAUCAGUUUAUCCUUCGACUUUAUCCUUAUCGUGUUGGGGCUUGCUUGGGACUACGAUGGAUCUCUUCAAUCAUUCUUCCACAUUGUGGGACACAAAUUAAUCGUACACUAGUUAGUGGGAGGAACUUUGUUCUGGCUGAUUUUCUAGGACACUAUGUCUGUGGGAUAUUGGCAUUUUUUGAUAAUAUGCUGUUAAAUGAUGAUGUUAUACUUGAACAUCGUUGGUCAGCUUUACGAAGUUUAGUUGUGUUCAUAAAACUUCUUGGUUCAAAUCAUGUUACUCGUAUGCGAGCGAAAUUUCUGGCUAAUCUGAAAAUAUGCAUGCGUUAUAACACAUCACCAUUUGGAAAAGUCGUUGUAAAAGCAUGGCGUAGCUUUAUACGCAUGUUAGAACCAGAAUCAUUAGAAGAAUUGCUUCCUGAUUUAGGUGCUACUCUUGUUGGGCUCUUUUCCAGUGACCCUGAUCAAGUAAUAGAUUUAUUUCAUUAUUUAUUUCUAGAAAAAAGAGAACAAAUCGGAGAUCGAUUAUCGUGUUUAUUCUUUUUGCCUCGACUACCCGCUCUACUGACAUGUCAACAAAUUCUGGAUGAUUUAUGUCCAUGGCGUGUAACGUGUUUCAUAAAUGGUGUGGACCCUACAGAAGCGGAAUUCCAUCAGCCUCUUACAGCAUGGUUAUCAGCUCUAAAACAUUCUAGUAGGUCUGUACGAAGACUUACCUUGACGUCAGAAGUAAAUUUGGGAGCAAAUGAUCAACACGGCAAGACUCUACAAUCUCGACUUUGGGGUUUGCCAAGUUUGUUUGAUCGUUCGAUUUCUUCAGCAAAAGGAGGUGAGAUCCGAAGCAUGUCUUCAGAUACGACACACUCUGUGGAUUCUGCAAGCGGGAUUUCGUUUCGUGGAAAUACGAUGUUGUUGGCUGAUAUUGUGGCUUCAUUACUGGAGGGUCUUGCUAGAGACACUGAUGAGAAAAUGAGACUGUUAUACGCACAGUGGCUUGGGAACCUGGGGGCUGUUGAUCCUUGCAAGCUAUAUUUAUCUAAUGGAGAAACAAUUAGAUUCAGCAGCUUUAGCUGUUCAGGAGUUGUUAAAGUUAUUCAAGUACCAGACGUUGGAAAAUCAAACAAUUCGUCGUCUUUAACAACACAAGAUCCUGCGGAUAAUUCACUCAACUCAUUUUUUUGGGGUUCCGAAUUAUGGAAUUUGUUCCCUGAACAUUUACGUGACCUUUUUGCUCCACUUCUUACUUCUAGAUAUUCUGUAGAAUCGUUUAUCAACUGGUCAGCUAUACGUAUACCAAUAAUUACAAAUGAAGCUGAUCUAACCUACGAAUCAUGGAUACGUCUAUGGUCUGGUUCUCUGAGCAGUCACCUAAAUUCUGAAAUUUUAGCUGUUCUCACAGAAGUAACUGAAUCGAUUCAUGAGAAUGGAAGUCAUGUUGAAUUUGACUAUCUUUUAAAAAAUGUCAAUCUUCAGGAAGUUCAUCCUGCAAGUAAUCGACCGUGGCAGCCGUGGUUCCCGUUGUCUGUUCAAACAAUUUUCAGUUUAUUGGAUUAUUUAAGGCAUUGGUUAAGGAUUCAGCAGGAAUAUCAAGCAACAAAGUCGACUGUAAAACCUGCCAGCGCUGUUCAGAAUGUCCUUAAGGAUGUGAAUAUUCUUCAACAUGCUGUAGCACCGUUGGAGGGUGUCGAACGUGUUUCUUCAUUUCUUUCAAACAUUCCUAAUUUAUUACAAGCCAAAGCCAGUCUACGAUGCGGCAGCUUUGCUAGGGCAUUAUUACAUUGGGAGUUAGCAUACGUUUCAGAUCAAGUUGGAACGAAUUCUAUUUUAUCAUCUGAUAUACAAUCUACUCUGCAAUUCUCUAAUGGACUUCGUAAAACAGUUUUCACAAUACUCAUUGGCUUACUGGAUACUUAUGCAUCUCUACACGAUUCAGAUGGUUUAGCAGGUGUCUUAUCAGCUACUCAGUUAGCGUUUACUGCUUUUAGCCAUGAAUUUAAUAAGGGAAGCAACAUGAAUCGAAAUCAUGUAAUAAUAAUAUGGAAUUGUCAAGCGAUACAACACAACGCUUUCAUUACUUCGCGCUCUAGAACUAGAAAACGAAGGACAGCUAGAUAUGGCUGCUGCUGCCUACGAACAUAG